AUGACACCAGGCUGCGUGACGGCUGGGCCUGGAUUGGUUUUCUGGAGCACAAGUUGGAGAAGACCAAGUACAAAGGAACGAAGACACGAAGGAAGCUACGCUACCCAAACGAUGCCGAGGGCAAGGCGAAGAAAGCUGAGCAGCACAAGUAUUGGGAGGAUGCCAAGGUCGAAUCAAUUGUAG